AGCCAAAGCCGAGAUCCUCAAUUCCUCAUGACGCUAACGCCAAGCCCCGCGUAGCUCCCUAGGUAUAUCUAGAGUGGUAGCUGGAGCUAAGUCAACACUUCGGUAUGCGAAUUCCCAGCACCUCCGAACCACACCGCCACCACGAUGAUACCAAACUCCACCCUCCUACCGGCACUCACCAGCACCUUUCAGGAUCUCCUGGCGAAUCCGCCACCCGCAAUCCCUUCUCCCGUCACAGUCCCAAAGCGAGCUUCAGUAGCUCUCGUCCUCCGAGUGCAACCGAAUCCAGCACACCUGCCCGCGCCCACCGCGGGCACUCCGGCGAGCAUAGAAGAGUUUUUCCAGCAGGAGUGGGUGAGUCAUGGCGAGGUUGAGCUAUUGUUUAUCAAGCGCGCCGCGCGGAAGGGGGAUCGGUGGACCAGCCACGUGGCGUUUCCGGGUGGGAAGCGGGAUCCGGAGGAUGGCGGGGACCGCGAGGCGGCAGAGAGAGAGACGCUGGAGGAGGUGGGCCUGGAUCUGAGCACGGAGCCCAACUUGUAUUCCGGACAUCUGCCGGAUAGGAUUAUCACCACCAGCUGGGGAACGACACCACUGAUGGUCCUCUGUCCAUUCAUGUUCCUCCUGCUCUCGCCCACACCGCCGGCGCUGUCGCUGCAGCCGACCGAAGUAGCAUCGAUCCACUGGGUGCCACUGCGCACGCUGCUCUCGCCAGAUUUCCGCACGUUCGAAACAACCGACGUAUCCGACCGGCUCGCGCGCCAAUUCACCGGGUUCCACGGCCGCAUAAUCCGCUACGGUCUGCGGCUCUCACUCGGCCACAUGUUCUUUGCCGCGAUCGAAUUGCAGCCUACCACUAGCGUCUUUUCGCCGUUCGGGAACGACUUCCUGGGCGAGCGCGAAAGGCUCGUGGUCUGGGGCCUCACCCUGGGUGUCCUGGCGGACUUCCUGGAUAUGCUGCCACCUGCGGGCGGCACGUUGGAUAUGUGGGUGUGGCCCACGCUCACGGCGCCGGAUGUGCAGUUGGUUGCAAAGGUGAUGACGUCAGGCUUGAGGAAGAGGAAUUUGGAGGCGGCGAGGGAAGCAGUGGCGAGCGGGAGAAACGACAGAGGGAGUACUGUUCAUAUGCUGUUGGAGGGCUACCUGAUUGAAGUCAGGAAGGCGGUGUGGAUUACCAUCGCGGCGAGAGCGGCGGUAGGGACGGCGGUUAUUGGCACCGUCUUGGCGAGGUGGCUCAAGUGAGCUGAGUGAGCGGUAGAUGCCCGUAGAUAUAGCGAUUAACAUAGACAUAGAUUAGACAGAGUAGAUAUCAUGGAGAAUGAUGUAAGUAGGAUACACAUAUCAUCAUCUCACCCACCCCGAUCACAUGACACUAACCAGCCCUACCGCCCGUAGGAUCCGUAGGAUCCCU